AUGUUUAAACUGUCGAGGCAGCUUCUGCACUCCUCAACUGGUUUCAUGUCUCUGAAGAAUCUGGCCAAUGGAGCUGCUAGUGACUUAAGAGUAGCCCGCAGCAUAACUACUCAGACUGGGAUCUCUUCUGCUAUGCCGAAAUUUGGACAUGAUGGGAAUACUUCUGCAAGAAUAUUUGCACCUUAUUCAGUCUUCAAGGGAAAAGCUGCGCUUUCUGCUAAGCCUGUUCUCCCAAUGUUUACUAAAUCAGAAUCUGGAGCCUACAGAGCUGAACGCCGUGGUACCAUUAUGUUGACUUUCAUGCCUGCUAUCGGUGAACGCAAAUAUGAUUGGGAGAAGAGGCAGAGAUUUGCUCUGUCGGCAACAGAGGUUGGUUCCUUUAUCAGUUUGGGUGCAAAUGAUUCUUGUGAAUUUUUCCAUGAUCCAGCAAUGAAGUCCAGUAAUGCAGGUCAAGUUAGGAAGAGUUUAUCUGUCAAAGCCCAUGCUGAUGGGAGUGGCUACUUCAUUUCUCUGAGUGUUGUCAACAAUAUCCUCAAAACAAAUGAUCGGUUUACUGUUCCUGUCACUAGUGCUGAAUUUGCAGUCAUGCGAGCAGCUUUCACCUUUGCUUUGCCUCACAUAAUGGGUUGGGACAAAUUAACCAAUCAGCAGCUAGAGUUUGCCGCUAGUAGAGGUUCAGCACCUGUGGCAGUCGCUGAUCUUCAGAGCUCCGAGUGGGAUAGAUAA